AUAAACGUCAUUCGGUUCCACCAGUAAAACUAAGAGAGGAAUUGGAGUUUAAGCAUCCGAGUUUAAUACCGAAAAGAAGUUUGAUGAGUGAGGUUGAUUUUUUUUGAGGAGCCAGCGUCGCAAAAAUCUAUCAAAAUGAAAAUCUCAAAAUCGUCCUGCCUACAUUUUGUAGUGACAGUUUCAGUUAUAUCAUUCUGUGCAAUUGGUUGCCAAUCUCAAUGUACAGAGAAUCAUCCUUGGAACCCUGUUCUACCCGAGUCAAGUUAUGAUCGCAAUGCUUCAAGUGUAAAUGACCCCUCAGGUAGACCACUUGGUUAUUCACAGGCGGUCAUUGAAUAUUCAGACAAUGAAAAUCCAAUUGCACCAUGUAUUCACGUCACGGGAGCUUCAGACAGGCGGAUCGAGAUUAUGGCGGAAUCAGAUCCUCCCGGUUCAAUCAUGUGUGUGAAGGAUCAGUCAAAUCAAAACCCAAUAUGCUCUUCGUUGAUCUAUGAUUGUCGGCAAGCGAUAGCCGAUACCGUCUCUUUUGAAUUUUACUGCGAUGCCGAUAGUUGUGACGAAAGUUCAGUAACCUUCUGGUACAGAUUUGUAGUGAGUGAAGAUCCAGCCAUCCUGGACCCUGAACUGUGGUGUGCCGCUCGUGAUACAGGUGAAUACCCAACCAGUCUGAACAACAUUCUUCCUCCAGACACUGAUCUAAACCCUCAAGACCCUGAUCCUGGUUUUGGAGGUGCUAUGGUUACCAUUGCUUCAACCACCAUUGUACUCAUCAUCUCUUUGUUCAGCCUUCUUUUUGUCAUCCUUUGAUGCCAGGGUGAUCAAUUUUUUGUUUUUCAUGUAAAAUCUACUGUGUCAAUAUCAAGGAUCAUAAUUAUGUUAUCUAUUUCUGUCAUGAUUUUAUUUUCUCGAUUAUUCAUCGAUAUCUCAUUUUCACGCAAAGUGAUCGAAAACAUUUUUUUCAGUACAAUUCAAUUUCAAGGCUUUUAAGAAAAGAACCGUUGAUAUAUUGAUAAAUUUAAGAUGAUUAGAUCAUUAUACUAAUUUUAGGCUAUUGACAGUCAAAAUGACUUGAUAUUAUUUUUUGUGAUCAUCUAUUCAUUGACAAAACUACAAACUCAACGUUAUUUUUUCAAACUAAAACAUUUGUGAUUUACCUCUCUUUUUUAUACAUAAGUUUGUAACAUUAUCAAGACACUUAUUCUGCACGUCAUUAAUCUAUAUAAGGAAUUUAAUUUUCGAACACUUUUACCCCUAUUUGCCCAUUUUGCAAUACAAUACAGCAUAAAAGGUUUGAUAUAUGAAAGAAGCAGUUUAAAAGUAGCUUUUCUGUUUCAUGAUUUCAAAUCAAUCACUUUGUAAUUUACAUGUUUGGAUAUCUCACUUCAUGGAUACUAAUUGGGGCAACGAUUAAACGUAGUAGCCCUAAAUACGCACAUCAAAUAUUCGGGGUGGAAAUAAUUUUUUUUAAUUAGCAAAUAACUUUUAUAUUGAUCAUCCACUGAUGUAUUACUUUAAUCAUAACUUGAUUCUAACAAUCUGUACAGUGCAGAAUUAAAAAUAACUGCUUCGAAAAAUAUGAAUGAUAUUCUAUUUUAUGAUUCUCGUAUCUCAUCAGUUUUUAGCUAAAUCCCAAGCCAAUUAACAAGGUGAAGUCCAUCCCAAAACAAGUUGAUUUGAACCAUUAGAGAAGAGAAACACCAUAUACGGUCCUACACAUUAGCGUAACAUUGGAUAUUUUGUCGAAAUCCGAUGCUAACCAAGAAAGCCAUUUUAACCUAAAAAUAUCGCUUAUUUUCUACAUAACAGUUAGGUCUAUUCAUCUAUUUACACCCUCGUCAUAAGCCGGGGGAACCCAAUAAUUCAGCUUCUCCUUUUUCCCUUUUUAGAUGGAAAUCGUCGGCAACACUGUAUUUUGAGCCAUAAAUAGCUUGAAAAUCAUUUUUAUCAGUUAAAGAAAUAAAAAUGUUUUCAAGAAUGUUACAUUCGAAUUUGAAACUGAUUUGUACAUAAAAUCAAUAUUUGACCUGGAAGGCACUAAACAAAAAUUCGGAACCGAAUCCAGACGUCGCGAGAAUAAAAAAAAAUCAUCAAACGUCGCUGUGCAAUCUGUUUGGUAUCAUUUCUUUUUUUGCAAUAAAUUACGAGGGGCGGCUAAUUAGCCAUUCCCCGUCUGUAUAAAGUGAAUGUUUAAUAUUUCGAGAGUAUAUAGAAAGCGGCUCCCUCAUUUUGCACAUCGUUCAUCAUCAUGAUACAGUUUUCUAAAAAUAAACGAAACUUCGUUAUUAUUUUACAUCCGAUCUUUAAGAAAUUGUCAGAGUUUGCUUGUUUAAUGUUACUCUGUUAAUUAAAAUAAACUUUUUAUUGGUGGUGGACUUCAGCUUUAAUAAUUUUUGUCAGAGAUAAUUAUGGCAUGCUGGACGUGUCAAUAUCAAGUUUAGGCCUAUAUGCUCAAAAUUAAGUCGUCUCAGCUGAUGUAAAGCAAAAGAAAAUAUAAGUUUAUGUUGAUCAUCAAAAUGAUAAGGGAUUUAAUUAUAUAAGGUUUAUCUAAGCAUUUUGAGAUUUCUAACUUUAAGCAUGUCAUUGUCAGCACAUGACCAUUUCUUGCAUUGUAAACACUUUUUUUCUACAAAUUAUAAUUCUUGAAUACAAUAAAAUAUUCAAGUUUGAAACAUC